GGUCGAGUCAGCCAGAACCGCAGUGGAGCCGCACUGAGGCAAAGCAAGCUACCCCUCUAUCUGGGGACUAGAACAAGAAAUAGGGGGAGAAGAAGAAGAGUGGAGAAGGAAAUUGUACCCUGCCAAAACCUGAAUGCCGCCUGUUCAAUCAGAUUAACCGGACAACCGGAAUUCCACAACUCCUGCUGCAACAGAGCGCCCGAAUUCGAGCUACAAGAUGACCGUAGUGGCAGGAGAUAACAUGGACGAGACCGUGGCGGUGCCGGGGCACCCGCAGGACGCGUACCCCCUCGACCACGAAGACCACGACUGCUGUGAGAGGGUGGUCAUCAACAUAGCGGGGAUGCGGUUCGAGACUCAGCUCAAAACUCUCUCCCAGUUCCCCGAGACAUUGCUAGGCAACCCCAAGAAGAGGAUGCGCUACUUUGACCACCUGAGAAACGAGUAUUUCUUUGAUAGAAACCGUCCCAGUUUCGAUGCCAUCCUGUACUAUUACCAGUCUGGGGGUAGGCUGAGAAGGCCCGUCAACGUCCCAUUGGAUAUGUUCUCGGAAGAGAUAAAGUUUUAUGAGUUGGGAGUGGAUGCCAUGGAGAAAUUCCGUGAGGAUGAGGGCUUCGUCAGGGAGGAAGAACGUCCUUUACCUGAAAAGGAGUUCCAGCGUCAGAUCUGGCUGCUUUUUGAGCACCCAGAGAGCUCGGGUCCAGCCAGAGGGAUUGCUAUAGUAUCUGUAAUGGUAAUUCUGAUUUCUAUAGUCAUAUUUUGUUUAGAGACUUUACCUGACUUGAAAGAAGACCCUAAGGGUCGGUUUAAGACUGUAGGGAACCAUACUUUUUACUACAAACCAAACAUCCUAACCGACCCCUUCUUCAUUAUUGAAACUCUUUGCAUUAUCUGGUUCUCGUUUGAGUUGAUAGUGCGUUUUUUCGCGUGUCCAAGCAAGGCGGUCUUCUCCAAAAACAUGAUGAACAUCAUCGAUAUAGUGGCCAUCAUCCCUUACUUCAUCACACUGGGCACGGAGCUGGCUGAGGACCCCGAAGACCAGGACGAGGGCAUGGGGGAGCAGGCAACAUCUCUGGCCAUCCUCAGGGUGAUCCGUCUGGUCAGAGUGUUUAGAAUCUUCAAGCUGUCACGACACUCCAAAGGAUUGCAGAUCCUGGGACAGACCCUCAAGGCCAGUAUGCGUGAGCUCGGAUUGCUGAUCUUCUUCCUCUUCAUUGGAGUCAUCCUGUUCUCCAGCGCGGUGUACUUCGCAGAGGCCGAGGAGAAAGGGUCGUACUUCGGCAGCAUCCCAGAAGCCUUUUGGUGGGCCGUGGUAUCUAUGACAACUGUGGGCUAUGGGGACAUGGUGCCUGUCACUAUAGGGGGUAAGAUAGUGGGCUCCCUUUGCGCCAUAGCUGGUGUGUUGACGAUUGCGCUCCCAGUGCCUGUCAUUGUGUCAAACUUCAACUACUUCUACCAUAGGGAGACCGAGGGAGAGGAGCAGGCCCAACUCUUAAACGUUAGUGAACCAAACAUUAGUGAAAGCAACUCUAGUCGCCGUAGCUCGUCCACUGUCAGCAAAUCAGAGUACAUGGAGAUUGAUGGAGAUAUAAAUAAUAGCAUCGACAACUUUAGAGAGGCAAACCUCAGAACUGGCAAUUGCACUAUAGCCAACCAAAACUGUGUAAAUAAAAGCAAGCUGCUGACGGAUGUGUAGAAUCGAAUUAGAAACCAUGGGAUUUAGAUGAUGCCGCCACAUGUUGACUUCACUAGACCAUCAGUUUCGAAAGCUUCAUUCGCCUCCUAUAAGCGCUCUAGCAUUACAAAAACAACCAUGCUCAGCAAUUUGAAAGUAAUUAUUACAGGGGGAAAAAUUAAAAUUAAGCUGUUACUAGAGAAUAUAACAUAUAGAUAGAGUAAUUCAUUAAUCUAAAAUGAUCCUUUAAAUAAGUAUUGAAAAAGAAAAAACAAACAAACGUAUAUUUAACACGCACAAGCAUACGCGGGCGUCCUUGGAGGAACACUAACCAACAGCACUCACGAGGACAUAUCUGUCUUUAUCAGACGAAGCCAGGUGUCGUAAUUAAAAUGUUAUGCAUGGAUUACAGAUAACAACAUUUCAGCAAGUUGCACAAUGCAUCAAGGAGAAAAUGCAUCAGAUAAUUUCUCAAAUCAGCAUCUGUAGCAGUCAGACAGUGUUCUGAUCGACCGACGCCUAGCCUGAAGUCAGACGAGGCUACUCCUCUACCCCUCUGUCAUCAAAGGAUUUACUAUCCAGCAAAGCACCUAGGAAAAAGACUGAUCACUGAUCUCCUGGUUUGGAUGAUGAUGAGGAUGAUGAUCUAGGAUACGGACAUCCGCAAUGCUGCUAUUUUCCAGCAGUAAGAUGCUGUAAUUAUGAAAUCACCAAAUGAUUCAAUGGGAUUUUAUCCCUUUAAAUGCAAGACAGCACAAUGAUAUAACAAAAGAGCUUCACAUGAGCAUGUUUAGAAACUCCCCAUACAUGUUGAUAUUGGCAUGCGUGAUGAUGAGACAUAACCUCAUAAUAAUGCUAAAAAUAUAUUUAUGUUUUGGAUUUUUGCAUCCCCCUACGCCUUCAUUCGACCCCCCCCCCUUUAUCAUUUGGUUUCACUGAGAGUGCAGCACUGGUUUCAAACAGUUUUUCAUUUGAAAAUGCUAAUUGUUUAGAAGUGUCUAGGGAGUGAAUGUUAAAAAUCUUAAGGGAAACAGUAACUAAACUAAGAUCAUAGCAUGAGAAAAAGCAACCUGCAUUACGGCCUAUCGACUAGGUACUGUGUAUCCUAGUAUAUCUAAUGCAUGACGUCAGUAUUCAGCUUUGUUGCAAUUACAGACACUGAACAUUGUCUCAUACUGUCACGGAAACGAAACGUGGGUAAUUAAAAAAAAUCCCUGAAACGUUUCUGAAAUGUGACAAAAUACAGUAUAUCCAAACCCAACUCGGGGGUUCAGACUUGAAACGUUGUCGAUCAAAGAAGCAGAAUAAAUACCUAUUAUCAAAAUGCAUAUUCUCAUAAAUACGCACCAAGUAAGUUACAGUAUUACUUCAUUAGUGCAGUGCAUGGACCUUCUUUGAACAAAGAAAAAGUGAACAUAUUAUGAGUCAUGUCUUCCAUUUCACCACUAAAUUUAGGGACAUGUUUGUUUGUUUUCACAAACAAAACAAUACAAAUAACUAUAAUUUUACUGAAAUUAGCGAUUGUAUAAUAGAUAUUGCAAAUGAUUAUUUAGUACAUUAGUUGCUAGUGCCUUUACCCCUCUCACCAUGCAACAGGCUCAGUGAAAGUGCCUCUGUGUAUGAAGCCUACAAUGGAAAUCCAUGACAAGUUGAACUGAUCUGGUGCAGAAGAUCUUGUUUCAGCACUAUGCUGUUAUUAAUGCUGUUGUUGAUGUGGAUAAUGAUGAUGAUUAUUAAUACAGUGAGAGAAUGUUCGGUGAAAACGACCAUGGAAGUCCACUACCGACAUGACCCACGGUUGAAUUGAUCCAAGAUUCUAGAACAAGAUUCUAGAACAACUCAACAUUUCUGUCCUCACGAUGCACUUAUGCUCUUCCUGGAACCAACCAUCCUCUGGUGCUUUAUGCGUCUCCACCUAUACACCACUUCAAACCCCAAGGGAAUAUCCAUUUGCUUUGCAUUUGCUUUGCGUUGCAUUGUUACUAUUGAUUUAUGUGCCAUAAGUCUUGUGUGUCUACCUCAGUGAGGUUACUGCAGAACUCACUGCAGAACUGCAAGCCAGACUCCUAGCCAAAGGCAGAGCUGCAAAGCAGGCUACUUUGAUGCUUUGCAGAGCUUACUUCUUCCUUUCACUGGUGUAGGCUGUGGUCAUCAGGGCCUGUAUUUAUAAAGCGCCUCAGAGUAGGAGCGCGGAUCUCCAUGUAAUCUUAUUCAUUCUGAUCUAAAAGGCUAAUCUGAUCCUAGAGCUGUACUCCUACUCUGAGACUCUUUAUGAAUACAGAACCAAAUGCUGAAUUCUUAGAAGCACUUAGGACAUACUCUACCAUCCUUAACCCUAUCCCCCUUUUCCUUCCAAGCUAUGCACAAUCAAAAAAAGAAAAGAAAACACACAUUUCUAUACAGAUGUAGGAUCAUACUUUGAUCACUCUUUUGUUGAUGAUAAUUUUCCUGCACAUUAGGACAUGUAAACUUGUAGUGUAUUCAAGGUUUAAAAAGGCUUCUAAAGUUUG